AUGGCUCCCAGUGGUACAAGGGAGUAUAUCUCCUUGGAGGCUCUCAACAGAAACCCGGAAAACAACGACGAUGAGGCCGAAGAAGAACAGCCACAUUGCAAGCGAAGCAAUAUCUGGCAUAGAAUCGAUAUCACCAGUGUUCUGACUAUAUUCCUCGGGCUCCCGAUCCUUCUGCUGGCAGUGACACUCCUGGCUCUUUUUUGGCACGAAUCAAUGAAAGCUAUCGACGGGGCAGAGCCAGGAAUCUAUUGGGUGCGCAUCGUCAAUGCAGGCUGGGCGGCGCAACUGGUGACAGUUUGCACCACCUCCAUCCGAACGGUGGUGGAUUUCCAGGCUGGACUUGCCACGGCCAUGGUUGCGGGUAUCGCUUUGGAGACCACAGGCGUCCCUCUCCUACAGAGUUCAUUUUUCUCCAUGCUCCGGGCAUUCAAGGUCGCUCCCAGCAACAUUUGGACUGGGACAGACUUUCAACCUCAUAUGUCGCGCUACAUUUACGCGCUGGUGCUCAUCGAGGUCCUGGUGACAGCAGCAUCCCAGUUCCUGUCCACCAUCUUCCUAUCUGAUUUUACCAAUGGUACCUUCUCCCAGCGCAGCAAUUCCACCAAUGUUAGUGUCCUCUAUACCACGUAUAAUACUGGUGUUGCGUGGACGAGACCUCCUGCAGCCAGUUGGACAUUCGCUGAGCUGUCGGAAUCCUUUGACAACCGAUCGGGGUUCCAUGAUACCGGGCACACCUUUCGAGCAUUCCUUCCUUUUGAAGGAGAGGCGCAACGAACCAAACUACGUCGGCUUCGUGGUCCGACGACUGUCAUGGAUCAUCGGGUUGUCUGCGCCAGUCCUCCCUUGAUCAACCUGAACCUAAAUGCGACCUUGGGGGAUCUUGUGCACCUGUCCGGACAGAUUCCCACGAAGGACUUGGCCUAUCCACUUUUAAUCGACUCGGACCCUCGACCGUACAUCAACUUCACAUGCCAUUUACCUAUGCCAACAACCAAGGACAACAACACCAAAAGUACGGUAGGCGAGACCAGCUUGUGCUUCCCCAGCAGCCGCUUCAACUGGACGGUCCUCAACGAAGACCCUUUAAUCCAGCCCAACGGCUCUUCCUGGGCCUCGUCCUUAUUCAUGGUCCUCGACGUCGUUUUCCACCCCGCAAUACUUAGCACACUCGGCCACGCACCAGCCGUGCAGACGAUCCGAACCGACGGGCCCUGGGCGAUAGUCUCUAACGGAUCCGUUCACAUCGAAACGCUCCGCGUCUCCGCCUGCCUCACCAAUCUCGCCAUGCAAACCCUCAACGUCGGAAUGAACAGCAAAUCUGACAGCCUUGAGCCUAAGUUAACCUGGGACCACCACACCGGAAGCUAUAACACCGAACUUCCCCGCCUCCAACUAGGCGUAUCGUCCCCAAGUAACACGAACUCCACUAACCACCGGGGUAUCCUCACGCUAGACCCCCGAUCCCAAUGGGAAAUCUUCGAUCCCCCGGAUACACCAGGACUCAGUACCUUAGCACUCGGAGAUGCCCCAAACAGCUUCUUCAUGGACGUUCUCUCCAACUUCCCCGCCUUCUUCCCGUCCGACCUCAGUUACACCGUGGACCGUGGCGUGACCCUCUCCCGCAUUUCCCAGUCCGCCACCUACAACAACGCCCAUUCAACCCAUACAGAUCUGUUCCAGGAUACCCUGAUGACGACGGCUAGUCCGGCGUUGGCCCUCCAGGCCACUCUCACCCGCAUCUAUCAGAUGACAUACUACGAGCAAUUGGUCAGGUUGAGUAGUCCUGUCGCAGCCGAGACGGCGUUCUCGCUCACCGCAACCAUUCCGGUGCGGUGGACGGGCUUUAUGCUGGGGUUGGUACUCAUUGGGGUCCAUUCGGUCAUUAUGGUGGUCGUGAUCGUCCUGUUUGUGAGGUCGACCGAGAUCUCGUUUAUUGGGAGUUACUGGCAGACGGUGGCGCAAGUGGUCUCGAAGGAGACUCGGCCGAUUCUGAAGCAGGCGGAUCGGAUGGAUGAUGGAGCUGUGAUGAUGGAUGACUCCGAGCAGCCCCCCUCCCCAACAAGAAUUCAGGAGCGGAUGUCUUGA